AUGGAUAUGUAUAUUUUAGGAGAUACAAAUCGUGAUAUUUUAUGUACAGAUUCAUUAACAUGUAAUGAACAUCAUCGUUUAUGGUGGCUUCAUAUGCGUAAUCAUGCUAACAAUAUUCAACAAUUUAUGGAACAUAAACGAUAUAAAAAUGAAAUAGAAGGAAAUGAAUUAUCUGUAUAUUCAUUAAAAAUGCGAUAUAUAUUAUGCAAAGAAGUACAAAGUGUAGGUUUUAUGAUUGAUACAAGAAAUGACCAAUGGCCAUUACGAUGUUUAUGGAUUGGAAAUGCUAUGAAUGGUACAUGUGCACCAGCACCACCAAGUAAUCGAUCAAUUUUUUAUAUUACACCUAAAGAAUGGCAACAAAAAGUUAAGGUAUAUGUUUUAAUUGAUAUUUAA